GUCCGGGCGGGAUCCCUUACCUGGGACGCUUGCGUACCACGGAGCACCGCGCAGCAUCUCAGGAGAAUGAGGGGCCCCGGGGGCGCGGGCCACACACUGCGCCACAGACCAGGUGGAGGUGAGGCGAAGAACGAGGAGCUGCGUCUUUACCACCAUCUCUUCGACAACUAUGACCCAGAGCGGCGGCCAGUGAAGGAGUCUGAAGAGACUGUUACCGUCACCCUCAAGGUCACCCUGACCAACCUCAUCUCCCUGAACGAGAAAGAGGAGACCCUCACCACCAGCGUCUGGAUUGGAAUCGACUGGCAGGAUUACCGGCUCAACUACAGCAAGGACGACUUCGGCGGUGUGGAGAUCCUGCGGGUCCCUUCGGAACUCGUCUGGCUCCCAGAGAUCGUGCUGGAAAACAACAUUGACGGCCAGUUCGGAGUGGCCUACGACGCCAACGUGCUGGUCUACGAGGGCGGCUCCGUGAGCUGGCUGCCCCCGGCCAUCUACCGCAGCACCUGCGCCGUGGAGGUCACCUACUUCCCCUUCGACUGGCAGAACUGCUCUCUCGUCUUCCGCUCGCAGACCUACAACGCCGAAGAGGUGGACUUCGUCUUCGCCGUGGACGACGAGGGCGAGACCAUCAACAAGAUCGACAUCGAUACCGAGGCCUACACUGAGAACGGCGAGUGGGCCAUUGACUUCUGCCCUGGGCUGAUCCGUCGCCCCGACGGCGCCUCCGCUGGCGGCCCCGGGGUCGUCGACGUCAUCUACACGCUCAUCAUUCGCCGGAAGCCGCUCUUCUACGUCAUCAAUAUCAUCGUGCCCUGCGUGCUCAUCUCGGGCCUGGUGCUGCUCGCCUACUUCCUGCCGGCGCAAGCCGGCGGCCAGAAGUGCACCGUCUCCAUCAACGUCCUGCUCGCCCAGACCGUCUUCCUGUUCCUGAUUGCGCAGAAAAUCCCCGAGACGUCGCUGAGUGUGCCGAUGCUGGGCAGGUACCUCAUCUUCGUCAUGGUGGUUGCCACGAUCAUCGUCAUGAACUGCGUCAUCGUGCUCAAUGUGUCUCUGCGGACGCCCACCACGCACACCGUGUCCCCUCGGCUGCGCCACGUCCUGCUGGAGCUGCUGCCGCGCCUCCUGGGCUCGGGCGCGCCCCGCGAGGCUCCCCAGACCACCUCCCCGCCCAGGCGCGCGUCGUCCGUGGGCCUGCUGCUCCGCGCCGAGGAGCUGAUACUGAAAAAGCCGCGGAGCGAGCUCGUGUUUGAGGGGCAGAGGCACCGGCACGGGGCCUGGACCGCCGCCCUCUGCCAGAGCCUGGGCGCCGCCGCCCCCGAGGUCCGCUGCUGCGUGGACGCCGUGAACUUCGUGGCCGAGAGCACGCGGGACCAGGAGGCCUCCGGCGAGGAGGUGUCCGACUGGGUGCGCAUGGGGAAGGCCCUGGACAACAUCUGCUUCUGGGCCGCCCUGGUGCUCUUCGGCGUGGGGUCCAGCCUCAUCUUCCUCGGUGGCUACUUCAACCAAGUGCCCGAGCUGCCCUACCCGCCGUGUAUGUAGACGGCUUCUCCCCCCGCUCCCAUUUCCGGAAGGAAACCGAUUUUGAAAAACAUGCUGCUGGCCCAUGCUGUAUUGUGAGCCUUUACCCGCUGCCAUAAUAAACCCGCGCUUCGCCAACUUCA